CGAAGGCAAACGGCGAGGGUGUGUGGCAGUUGUUCUUUGGCUGUGAUUCAAGAGGGAGCUCUGACGGUGGUCUGUCUGGCUGCCCCUCGCGGUAAAUACAUUGUUGAAUAGUUCCUUAAGUAGCGUACGUCUCAAUUCAUUAGUUUGGUUUCUUGUUAAACCGUAACACUAGACAACAAGUGAAAUAUCCAGAGGCAUCUUGGAAGAGAGCAAGUGCUCCCUAGGGACCACCGAGCGUGGGAAGGUUUCCUUGCUCUAGGGAAGGACAACAGCCAAUAUCCAUUAGUUCGUAAUUGAGUUAAUUGGCGAGCACAUGUUCUUUUCUGCGAUUGUUUUUCAAUUGUGUUUAUUACGUGUUUUCAACCAUGUCGUGCCUUAGGGAUGGAAUCAUCAGGGACCUUUCGCUAUUUUCAGAUAUUUCAGUGAAAACUUACUGCGUGGAUUUCGAAAAAAGAAGGCCACCUGAAGCUUUUUCCCCAAAACCAGGUGCAAAAUUCAUCAUAAAGUGGGGUCUUGAUAAAUAUAAAAAUGACUGGAGAAUGGAUGGUUACUCAUGGCGCCAGGAAUCUGGGAAAAAAACCAUUUGCGUGGAUGGCGUUAAAAUUUUCAAAUAUUAUUUCAAAUUGCGAAUUGAGCGGGGAGAAACCCAACUGUCUUUUUCAACGAAAUUUUCAAAGCAUGCGUACGAGCAUCCUGAUUAUCCCAACCAAAUUCUCCUUAUCUACGCAGGCGAUGAUUCUGUUAUCAAUCCAAAAUACUCGCAUGGGAAUGCCAGGAAGCUGGAGAAGACAGAGAAGGCAUUCUACCGAACGGCAGCCUCAGUCCCAAUAACCGCAAAAGAACGUCCUAAAGAUCCUCCAGCGCAAGUUCACGGUGACUUAAUUGAGUCUGCGGGAAGCCACAUAAAAAUUCAAGCAGUGGAUGCGUCUCGAGACCUAGAACAAGUCAGAAAUGCUCAAAGAUUAGCAAGAGAAAAAAACCAUAUAAGCCACGACACCCAGUUUAACGCAUACGAAGUUGGCAUCGAUACAAAUUUUCUUCGGAAACUUGAGUAUCUUCCCUCUGUCAACAUGGCUUGUAUGGAAUUCGCCAACUCCAGUUUCGGUGGCAAACGAUGUCUAGUUAGCUUCACCUUCAGCAUGGAGCAAAUGGCAUCUAAGCAGAUAAAUAUGAUUAAAAUACAACUCUUAAAUAAUAUAAAAAAAACUCUUACCUUGUAUUUGAACGUACUGCUCACGCGGAAUAGGAAUUUUCUAGUCGUCCCCAUGCGUAGCUUUCGUACCACUUUUUUUGUGAAGACGGGGGUAUUGCCGGGAAUGCAGCGUCCCAAUAAGAUUCAGGACAAACUUUCGCUCAUCCACGGUACUCAAUUUGAAAAAUAAUAGGACUGCUGCGAACUUACCUUUAGAGCAUGAAAAGCGUCCUCGUCCUCCUCCUCAUCCUCGCUCUCCUCUUCCUCGUCGCCACUUUCUUCAGCCGAUGAAUUAUUAAUUUGUUCGUCGACAUGGCGGGAGCUCGUCGAUGGAGCUGGAGACGAUCGGGAAGCCGCUUGCGUUCCCGCUUCCGUACCGUAAUAAGUGUUUAAAUUACCUCGUCAGAGGCUGCCUUUUGCGCCACUAAGGCUUCUUCCAGCAGCUUAACCUUGUCCUUUUAGGGUACAGUUCUCCUCUGCAAGGUUCUCCGCAGUCAUUUUCCAUUCCUAAAAAGGGGUUAACAAAUUUAAAAAAUUUAUGUAUUUAACAAAUGAAAAAGAAUGCACAAUUUCCUGAGUCGUGCCAGCAGCAAUUAUUUGUUCAUCAGUGGCUGCUCGGACAGCAACAUUUGUCUCACCCAUUUCAGCCUGCGACUCAUCUAUGAUGAGAGGCUGGGGGGACAUAGACUGAUCCUCUUCCAUGAAAGAUGACAAAGGGUCAUUGCUUACUGGAUCCAUAGCCUAAUCCAAAUACAAUUAAUUAAUUAAUUUUAUAUGACUUAUGAUUAGGAUUAACUAACCUUUGAACUUGUACACACUGUUGACAGAGGCGGAUUAGUGGCUUUGCAUUUUCUCUUUGGCCUGGAAGACAUUGUACUUAAAACUACUAAAUUAAGAUAUGUUAGAAAAAUAAUAUAGAAAUAACUUAUAUACACAUCUAUCAAAUUACCUUGUAUGUGAAGUCACUAAACAAUUCACCACACGUGUCAAGUUUGAAUUUUGAUCCUUUGGGCCUGUUGUCUGCUGUGUAUAUAUAAGUAUAGUGGUACACGAUCGCUUCCACGAUAUAGAUCUUAUUGCAAUUCAAAAGUACGCGACAAGCCAAAAGUCGUGCGCAGCUUACGCGGAUGCGCACCACUGUGGCCUAUAGCUGAACUAAAAAUUGUUUUAUGCUUGACUAUAACCAUUCGUACGAUGCUUUACCACAGACGGAUUGCCAGUUAUUUUCCAGUUGACAUUUCGUCCGUUGUUUCAGUCACUGCAGCGUAAAACCUUGUUAUUAAAUAACAUGAGACGAGUUUGUUGUAUUUGUGGUGAAUUCGAAACGCAAUCAAGAAAAAGUUCUUUCUCUUUUUUUUCAAUUCCUAAGAAACAUGGAUUAUUGCGUGCAAAUGAGAUCCAGUUAGU